AUGGAAAUUCAGAGGGCUCAGCAAGUUGAGCGGAAGCUUCAGAAAUUGUUGCAACCAGUUGGUGAUAAAAGGCGUGAGGAAUUCACUAAAGAUGGUGAAAGAUUGUGGAGAGAUAAGGGGAGAGUUUGCAAUCUGGAUGUCGAAAGUUUGAGACAAGACUUGUUGUUGGGGGAUCACUACAGUGGAUUUUCUGUUCAUCACGGAAGCACGAAGAUAUAUUGUAACUUAAAAAAGAUGUUCUGGUGGCCUGGGAUGAAAGGUGAUGUAGCUACAGUGGCAUCCUACUGUUUGACAUGUCAGAAGACGAAGAUAGAGCAUCAGAAGCCGUCAGGCAUGAUACAUCCUCUUGAGAUUCCUCAGUGGAAGUGGGAUAUUAUGCGGUUUGGGUGA